CCGCCAUCUCCCUCCGUCCAGCUAUAGCUCCUGUGUCCUCCCUCCGUCGUCCAUUUCUUCUCCCUUAUCGUCCCUCGUCAAACUCGGUUUGUCUUCAUCCCGCGAAGUUUUGAACCCUUCACCUCUCACGGCCUCCGCCCUUCCUCACAGCUACCAUCCCUCCACGCCGUCACCAUGACAGGCUUCGAUUUCUCCAACUACAACCGUAACGCGGCUCUCCACGCGAAGGGAGUUCCUCUCCCCAAAGCCACCAGCACCGGUACCACGAUUGUUGGUUGUAUAUAUGACAAUGGCGUUGUGAUUGCAGCAGAUACCAGAGCUACCAGCGGUCCGAUAGUAGCAGACAAGAACUGCGAGAAACUCCACUACAUCGCGCCCAAGAUCUGGUGUGCAGGAGCCGGUACGGCCGCCGACACCGAGUUUACGACGGCACUGAUCAGCUCGAACAUCGAACUGCACGCACUUUCGACAGGCCGGCCCCCACGAGUAAUCACCUGCAUGACGAUGCUGAAGCAGCACCUCUUCCGAUACCAAGGCCACAUCGGAGCGUAUCUGGUGGUUGCGGGUGUCGACCCGACCGGUAUUGGCCUUUUCACUGUGCACGCGCACGGAUCGACCGACAAGCUGCCCUACGUGACCAUGGGAUCGGGUUCAUUGGCCGCGAUGUCUGUGUUCGAAUCGAUGUGGAAGCCGAAUUUGGACCGCGAUGGCGCGGUUGCGCUGUGCGCGGAGGCUAUUAAGGCCGGUAUCUUCAACGAUCUGGGAUCCGGUAGUAACGUGGACGUGUGCGUUAUCCAGAAGGAUCAGCCCACGCAGUUGCUGCGCAACUACAUUAAGCCCAAUGAGCGUGGUGAGAAGGAGCGCAAUUACCGCUUCCCCAAGGGAACGACUGCCUAUCUCAACCAGAAGAUCAUCAGCAAGGAGGACAUGCGCAAGUACGUUUCGGUCGAGGAGGCGUCGGGUGAUCCGAACUUGAUGGAGGUGGACAUGUAG